AUGUUUUUGAUCAAAUGGACUUCGCUGGGUGAAGAUUCAUUUAGGGUGUAUGUCAAACAAACACUCGAUAUUACUUAUGAAGAAUUUUUAAAUGAUAAUAAUACGUAUUUUAAUAAACGUCAUAGUGAUCUUUUCAACACGUUUAUUUAUGAUAUACUUAUGAAAAAUAAGAUUUUAUGCCAAGUUAAUUGUACCAUAAUGUUCUUUGAUAAUAAUAAGAAAAAAACUUUUAGUGACGGAAAUAUUGAUUUUGCAUCUAGUAGGCGGGAAUACUACAAAGAUGCUUUGGGUCGAUACAAAACAUUGAAUUUCAGUGGUCAAUGUAAACUGAAAACUGGAAACACACAAGUUCUUAUGGAAGAUAUUCGAGCAUUUUUAUCUACAAUAUCUAAUCGACCCGAUGAAUAUGGAUUUCUUGUAUCUAAUAAUAUAGCUUCCGAAAACACUUUAACUUUAUUAUCUAAUACAGCUUUAAAUAAACAUGUUUUUGGAAAUAAAAAGAUAGAACACCUUGAAGUUACUAAUGAGAAACUUAAAAAACGAAUCCGAGAAUUUAGAAGAUAA